UGGCACCAGAGGGCGAAGGAGGUUGCGGAGGAAGCGAAGGAAGGGGGAGAGGAGGAUAGGAGGGAUCGUAGUGUCGUCGACCUGUGGCCACCUAGAGCCUCUUCGACACUCGCUGUCUCUUCCUGCCUCUCGUCCCUCCGCCGCUUCCGAUCUCUCCUGCUUACCCUAGAGUGCCGUGCCCCUUGUUUUCCUCCCCUGCUGCCGAUUCAUCCUCUCCUUCAUCUUGGUUCGCAUCCCCGACACUUCUCUCUCAAUCGCUCAACAUUCUAAGCAAACUUGUUGCUCCCUUGUCGAUCUCGUGUAGUUCUGCCACUCUGAAUUACCAUCGGUGCAUUUUUUGCCCACAAGACAUUUUGCCUGUCGUGUCGUCUGAUUUUGCCAAGACGCACGCAGUUGAAAGAGAUUUAUCAGCUUCAUUGUACAAUCAACGAAAAUUUGCUUCAGGGCGCUUCAUGAGCUGAACUUCUGUCUAUGACGUGCAAAGAAUGCCCAACUAACAGGAUCCAGAGCUUGAGAUCAGCUUGUUUCACGUGUUAGCGGCUGAGCAGAUUUUAUUUGUUCUAUCUUCAACAUGGCAUUCACGUCGAGGUCGGAAAGGUCUCCAACUUUUGCAAAGUUUGGAAACACUCCGGUUUCCGUUGGACCGGGCUCAUAUGGAUCAUAUUUCAACCAUGAAAUUGAUCAUGCGUACGCUCCCUUCUCCAGCACAUCUGAGCGAGCGAUUGGAGCCGCCGCUAGGUAUCAAGACUUCAACACGCCUGGCCCGGGCUCCUACGAUGUAGCGCGAAAGAGAUACAUGGGAGGCCCGAGGUUCCUGACUUCCCCAGCUGACGUCGGCUUCCUCUCCAAGUCCGACAGGCUGCAGCAGGAGUCGAGGGAAGUGCUAGAGAAGCCUGGGCCUGGCGCUUACGACCUGCGCUCAAGCUUUGAGAGCGACAGGAGAAGGACGGUCAACACAUCAAGUUCCGCUGAGAGGGACAGCAAACGUAUCAUAUGGUACCGUGCUCCGACUGCUCCAUCAAUCCCACGACAGGACCAAGCCUUUGGGUACGAGGAGGGUCCCAACGGGCAGCUGGUGAAGCAGAAGCCUCCUAUCGUGACCUAUGCUGGGGACAAGAAGGAUAUGGUGGGGCCCGGGAACUAUGACCCAGUCCUGGAACCCACGAGGCCCAAGGUCAGGAGCUUCGACUUCGGAAGGAGCAAGUCGGCACGAGCCGACCUCUCCUUCCUCACGGCCUCGGAGAUUCCGGGACCUGGCGCGUACAGCAGCAGAAAGCAAGAGGAAGGGACGGAAGUUGUGCCGCAGGUGAAGGAGAAACCGGUCAGAGACGAGGUAGUGUCGGCCCCGGGCCCCGGCUCCUACAAGAUCCCCGACAGCCUGGAAAAGGCCCGCAAGAAGAUUCCAGAACACCUCCAGUGCUUCGGGAGCACAUCCAAGAGGCUGGCGAAGGAGGAAAAGCCCUUUUCCACCCCGGGCCCAGGAAGUUACGAUGCCGUGAGGACCAGCUUCAACGACCUCUCCUCCUACACGGCCCCCACCAUGGUUCGCAGAUCCGUUCCCUUCCUCUCCUCUGGCACGAGGUUCAACGGGCCGGUGAAGGAGGCCCCCAAGGCUCCGGGGCCAGGAGCGUACGAUGAGGAUAAUCGCUACAACUUCGUCGCCAUGCUCUCCAAGAAGCGGUUCAGCCGAGGAGGCAACUUCGGGUCGACGAGCAAGAGGUUUGUUGAGCAGGCUUCUUCGCAGGACGAGGAUGCUCGUUCCCCUCCUGUCACCUACGAGUCCAAGCAGCCGAAGCAGAUUCAGGGCAAACUCAAGAAGGGCCCGAUCAGCGUCCUCAUUGCCGGGACCCCCCGCGCCCGAGCUGAGCCCGAGCUGGCGAUCGAGGGCCCAGCGCCUGGCCAGUACUACAAGUCGAUGGAAUGGGGAACGGGAUACAAGAAACCAGCAAACGGAAAGACCAUCUUCAUUUCACAGUCGCAAAGGUUUCAGGAUCCUUCCGACAAGUUCAAGCAGCAGCUUCCUGGACCAGGGACGUACUCCUCGGACGUCAUGACGGAUGGAGAGAAGCAAGAUAAGUGCGAGGGGAGCCAUGGCAGCAGCGCCGGUGCUCCUCGCAUCCAUGGCGCGUUCCCGAAGUCGAAGGCGAAGACGGUUCACUUUGUCAGGCAUGCAGAAGGGUUUCACAACGUUGCAGCGAAGAAGCAUGUCCGAGGAAGCCGAGAGUACGAGGCCGCCCUCGAUGACCCUUCCUUCUUCGACGCUAAACUCUCCCCGCAUGGCGAGGAACAAUGCAGGAACCUGAGGAGCACCAGCGACCAUGUCGACUACUCCCUCGUUCUCGUCUCUCCUCUCACCCGGACGCUGCAAACGUACACUCUUGGAUUCAGGGAGCGCAAAGACGUUCCUGUCAUCGCGCUGGAGCAUGUGAGGGAGAGAUUUGGAAAGCAUCCUUGUGACAGCCGUCGCUCAGUCCAGGAGCUCCGGCAAGACUUUCCCCAGGUGAACUUCACGUUCAUAGCAGCUGGGCCAGACCCGCACCUCUGCACACCUGAGAGCUGUCCUCCUCGAGAGUCGGACGCUGAGAUCGACGUGCGGGUCCAACAGUUCCUAGACUUUGUGGCGUCGAGGCCAGAGAAGGAAAUUCUUGUGGUCAGCCAUUCCUCCUUCCUCGCAAGAAUGUUCCAGGAGCAUUUCAAGUGGGAGGAGCGAGAAGGGAAAGCAAGGUUUGAGAACGCGGAACUUCGUAGCGUCGUCAUCCCUUUCCGAUGA